AUGGAACAUUCAUGGGUUGGAUUGAAUGAUGUACCUCAUGAAAUUCUUAUGAUUAAUUUCAAAAAAUCAGUGUCGAAUUCUAUACAUUCAAAUUCAUUUGUCUUUUCUCCCCAGUCAGAUAUUAUUGGUAAAAUCAGCCGACAAUUACAAAAAUUAAAUGUUGGCAUGAGUCAGCUCAAUGAUGGCAUGACAAAACUUAAUGAUGGGAUGGUUAAACUUACCGAUGGUAUGAUAACACUUAAUGAUGGGAUGGUUAAGCUUAAUGAAGGUAUGACAAAACUUAAUGAUGGGAUGGUUAAACUUACCGAUGGUAUGAUAACACUUAAUGAUGGGAUGGUUAAGCUUAAUGAAGGUAUGACAAAACUUAAUGAUGGAAUAUUUAAAUUGAAUGAUCAAAAUAAAUUAUUAAUUCAAAUAACAUUACCAUUCAUCGUGAGUUAA